AUGCAACAUCGGCCGACUGAGUCUUCAGAAACGCAGCAUCAACAAGACAACCCCUCGACAUCUUCUCCUUCAAUUCAGCAUGGCUCUUCUCCACCCCACCAGCCGACCGGCGUCGCUCAACUUCGCCGCGAGGACCCGGGCAGCGCAUCCCCGCGCUCUGUCCCAGACGCCGGCCGCCAUGACUCAUUCGAUGCCGUCAGCGCCUCCCAACUUGACGAGAGGCUUCGACGGUUGAGCGUCCCCUAUGCAGCGUGUCCCGAAGGUCACCAAGCUAUUGCUGGUCAGCGAGUGAUCGACUACGAGAAUGCCUUGACGCCGUCGACGCCUCGGCAGGCCCUGGGCUUUAAAGUCAUCAAGCGAUCCGAUGCUCGACCAGAUGGCGUACAGCUUACGGACUUUCCCAAUGCUCUUGUGUCGAAGCGCUUCUACUCCCUCGUUACGACCCCACAUGCGUGGCGAAUGGCGUUUUUGCGAUUCUUUCCGGGCCAUGACAGUAUGGCUGUCAAGACCGAUCAGAGUCGGUCGGGACCGUUGGACUAUGACCCGUCGGAGUUUGUCCGGUCUGAGGCGCGCUACUUCUCGCGUCUGACUUCCCUUGCGACCUGGAGGAGCGAAUACUUGCUCCGAACCCGUCUUCUGCGGGGCCUCAUCAGAGGUAAACCAGGAAACAAGUCUGGCGGAAUCGGGGCAUCUGGCCGAGGUGGCAAGAAGACCAGCGCCGUCUUGACGUACAACUCGAAGCUGCCAUGGGCUGUAACCCACCUCCAUGCCGACUUUUCUGCGAAGAAGGCCCCCAGAGUUAUUCACGGUGCUUCGGACUUGGGCGUCGCAACUCUCAGCGAUCCUUUCAUCGGCAAAGUGGAGAAAUGGGGCUUCAGAGACCCUUUCUCCAUCCUUCAGCUCGACGAGGCGUUCCCCAAUCUUGAGCCAUACGGCCUAGGAGAUGGUCCUGCCGCAUGCCCGAAUAUCAUGGACGUCAGCCAUCCUUACGGCGUGCUCUCUGGUGAGGGCUUUCCAGGUGGCCGUGCGUAUUAUCGCCCGAUCAACGAAUUGCAUGGUAGAUAUCUUGGCAGCGACACUGGUGUGGUAGACACCUACCCCGAUAUUCCCAAGAUCCCGGAGCUGUCGGAAGCAAUCUCUAGUGUCUGGAUUGCCAAAUCCACCGCCGUUCCAAACAUGACGCACUCGACGGUUGGCAUCAUGACGGGCUCUACACUCGGCAUCAUCACAUCAUAUGCUCUCCAUGGAGACGGGAGUGGUCCUCGGCAUCCGAACGGCGAGAUGACGGCGCGAUGGGUCCUCAGCCCUGGUGUGCCCAUCAUCUCAAUCAAGGUCGAUGACCACUACACGCAAAAGCGAAAGACUGCUCAACGCAUUUGGGCCGUUGCCCUGAACGCUCUGGGAGAGGUAUACUACCUUGUCGACACGCCUAAAACCACCUUGAAUCGGUCCAAAGGUGAAGAUGUAACCAAGAAUGCGUGGUACGCAGCUCGCUCGGUCUACUGGCGGCUUGUCGACGAAACACGUCGCCAAGCUCGGCCUGAUGAGUUUGACAAGCAUGCUCUCCGAGGCGCCUAUUCUCCUCGAUCGCCAGCCGACGCCAUGAAGCUGAGCAAGGAACAGCUUGUUGCGGAAGCCCGCGAGAUUGAGAAGUUUCUGCGCUACAAGCCAUCCCAUUUUCGCAAGGUUUGCGAAGGCUGGGACAUGAGACGAAGACUUGAGGUUGAUUUCGCAAACGACGAUGCCAGCGGUGCUGGGGAGGUCAUUGUAUCCAUCCAGUGCGGCCUCGACGAAACCAUCCCGCCGAGAGUUACUCGCUACACCAGGGCCUUUUCCCAAACGCCUCAACAGAGACCAGAGGAUUCCGAUGGUCCGACUGAUCUCGCACAAGAUAUUCCCGAAGCGCCGGAGUCAAUAUUCGGUCCUGGCAAAGAUUAUCAUCCUGAGACUGCGUCGACGACCGCUACUGUUCCGACAGUGGGCGAUGCCACACCCAUUUCGUCGGGCUCGCUGACUCCGCAGGCAACACUCGACUCUUCGGAUGAGUGGACUGUUGCGACAAUGACACUUGGCAGCUACGGCACGUCGGAAAUCACUGCGUCUGCUCUCGAUCUGUCAUCCCACGCCCUCCUUACGCUACUGGAGGAUCCCCUCCACUUUGAUCACAAAUCUGCUGCUACUCCCACCAUGAGUCCCCUUACUGCAGACUCCAUGGCGGAGAUUCCUGGUCGAAGAACGCGGAUGCUGGCAAUUGGCACCAAGAACGGAUCCGUUGUCGUCUGGGAUUGUCGCGAUCAACGCAACGUUACAGAAGUAGCGCCACUCCGUGUGAUUCAAACAGACUCACCAGAGAUCAGUUGCUUGGCCUUGACGGCGCUGUACCUGGUUCAUGGUGGAAGCGAUGGUUUGGUGCAAGCAUGGGAUCCCUUGGCAUCUUCCCUUGAACCUCUCCGCACACUCAACGGCCGAUCGAAUGGGCGCGUUCCGCGUCACAUGAUGACGAUGAAUCCCGCUCUUCAGAGUGAUACCUACUCAGCUGUGCGGGCCAUCUAUCUCGACCCUGAUCCUACCGUGCUGCGCGGUAUCACAUCUUUUGGUGCCUUCCUUCGCUACUGGGCCUAUAGCGCAACCAGCCAACCGCCGGGCCGCAAACGUCGCCUUCGACAUGCUGAUGUCCACGGCAGACUGGCCACUCGUCGACAGGGAGGCAACGUCUCAGGGUAUAUAGCUGCCGAAACUGCGGAGCUACGCCGUGAAGAAGAACAGAAGGUUCGGGAAGAUGCAUGGCUGCGCAACAGAUUCGGCGUUGGCGCCUUUGGCGAUUUGACCGAAGAGGAGGCACUCCAGUACGCAGAGAUGAUUUCACAGGAGACCCUUCUGCUUGAGGAGCAACGUCGCACCAGUGCCAGUGACACUGGUUCAGCCGCCGAGGCCAGCUUCGAUACCGCUUCCUCCUUCAGCGAGAGCACCGUGGACACAAUCACCCCGGAGCCUAGCGUCACUGGCUUCACUCCGCCCCCUCCCGUUGUCGAAGAAGAGGACGAGUACGAGCAGCAACUUCAGCAAGCGCUUCGCCUCUCCUUAAUGGAGGCCACCAAUGAUGUGGAGCAGUCACCGCGCAAGAACAGUUCUGGUGACUUCGACUUUGCCAUCAAGUACAAGCCAAAGCCGUCAAAGAAGACUAGAAGAUCGCCCUCCACAUCGCCGUCCGCAAGCUAUAUGCCGGUUGCAGCUUCCAAGGCUGGUUCCUCCAGUAGAGCCACGCCGAGAGACGACGACCUCGAACUGGCUCUGAGGCUUAGCAGUGCCGGAUCUGCUAGUCACGCUACGCCCAGAGAUGAUGAUCUGGAGUUGGCGUUGAAGCUUAGCCUUCAGGAAGCUACUGUCAACGACCAAACGGGUCUUGGCAUACAGCCUGAAGAGUUUCCCAUGUUGGAGACUAGGGGCAAGGGCAAAGGCAAGAUGUGA